AGGACAGAGCUCGACACCCCACCCGGAGAUAGAACUGUUCUUUCCUGUCCAGUUUAUCGCCCUUUCGACUCCCCAGCCCUGGUAGAAGCGAAAGAGACGAUUCUCGAUUCUUUGCUUUUUUUUUUUUUUAACCCCUCCUUAGUCACUAAUCAUGAGCAACGAAUACGAUUACCUCUUCAAGCUUCUGUUGAUCGGAGACUCCUCCGUGGGGAAAUCGUGUCUCCUCCUGAGAUUCGCUGAUGAUUCCUAUGUUGAUAGUUACAUCAGCACAAUCGGCGUAGAUUUCAAAAUUCGCACAGUAGAGCUGGACGGGAAGACGGUCAAGCUGCAGAUUUGGGACACAGCUGGGCAGGAGAGGUUCAGGACAAUAACAAGCAGUUAUUACCGAGGAGCGCAUGGAAUCAUCAUUGUUUAUGAUGUUACCGAAAUGGAAAGCUUCAACAAUGUCAAACAGUGGUUGAGUGAGAUUGAUAGAUAUGCCAGUGAUAAUGUAUGCAAGCUUCUUGUUGGAAACAAAUGUGAUUUGGUUGAGAAUAAGGUCGUUGAGACAGAGAAGGCACAGGCUUUUGCAGAUUCACUAGGCAUUCCUUUCCUUGAGACAAGUGCAAAGGAAUCGAUCAAUGUGGAGAAAGCUUUCUUGACUAUGUCUGCUGAAAUCAAGAAAAGAAUGGGGAACCAGCCGAGCACGGAUAGAAAACAGACGACCACAGUCCAGAUGAGGGGCCAACCUCUUCAGCAGAAGAGCAACUGUUGUUCUUAGACACUUUACCCUUUUAUACUAACUAUUACAAUGUUGGUUAUGGAAAAGACGAAAGAACAUGCGUCUCAUGUUGAAUCUUGAGCACUUACAUAAGGAAUGUAUGGUGGGUGUGUCUUCCUUUUGGUGGGUGUGACUUUUGGAAUCAGUGUUAUUCAUCCCUCUCCUGAGGGCACAGUAGCUUGUCGGAUGGUAAUGUACAAAACUUAGUGAUGUGAGUAACAUGCUAUGUUGUUUUGAACACCCUACGCGAGAUUUUUA